AUUAGCUCUCUUUCAGCAAAUGCAGCGACCCUGCAAGGAGGAGACCGAUUCCAUGCGUUGCACAUCCUGCAAGGAGGAGUGCGUCACGCUCUAUGCCGGCGCCUGCAAGCGGUGCUCCGAGGAGGCCAGCGAGACCAAGGAAGAGCUCAAGCGAGAGGUCGAGAUUUUGAAGGCCAAAGUCGCCUUCUUGACUCUCUGGUCUCCGAACGGCCACCGCGACCCUGGCCCCGGCUUCACCGACGUCGUCUUGGUCGCCGAUGACGGUCCCAAUGGAGGCCCGUCUAUGCCGGUGCCGGCUCACAGGACCAUUCUGGCUAGCCAGUCCCCAGUAUUUAAAGCAAUGCUCGAGGAUGAGAUGAAAGAAAGCCGAAACUGCACCAUCAAGAUAAGUGAUGUGUCAUACGAUGCUGUCCGAGCAUUUGUUGGCUAUCUUUAUGCCGAAGCGUGCCUCGAUGAGCAAAUGGUUUGUGAGCUUCUGGUAUCAGCCGAAAAGUACCAAGUGGAGUACCUCAAAGCUUAUUGUGAGAAGUUCUUGGUGUCCAAAUUGAACUGGGACAACUCAAUCAUAUACUAUGCAUUUGCGCACUUGCACAACGCGAAGCUUCUUCUUGAGGCUGCCGUGUCCUUAAUUGUGGACAACUUGGAUGAACUCAGAAAUCAUCAAGAAUAUUCGGAACUUGUUGAAAAGGACCCACGCCUUGUGGUGGAGUUAUACGAAGCAUGUCUUGCAAAGCAGAAAAAAAAUGCAGCAGCUAAGGAUACUUCUGCGAAGUAAUAGUCUUCUCUGGAGAAAGGAAUUCAUAUCCACAGGGCUUUCUAAGUUUUGAUAAUCUUUUCCUUACAGCAAUAGGAGAUUCUCAGAUCAUUAUGACGACUUUGGCUUUGGGGAGCAUUUUUUGAUUUACUAGCGAAAGCCAUUAUAUAGGUUCGGUACCAUCCAUUUGAGCUACUUUGGUUAAUGUGCGAUAGGGACCAAACUUUGAAACUUUGCCAUCUGAGGUCGGAGUUCAUUUAUCUCUUUUGGUUCUUUUGUUAGAAAAAGAAGUUU